CAUACGCAACGAUUCGGUCAUCGUGGUCGGUACGCGCAUAUCCGCGUAACAUCAAGUUUUGCUAAACAAAGGUUCAAUAAAACCUACUUCAUUCAUGUCAGUGCAACAGCGCAACUAAGCCGAAGUGGUGUAUUCUUGGAAUUUUGCGAUCCGUUAGCGGUUAUUGGGGGCAAGUUUGUGGAAAGGAUUCCUGCGAUUACUUUCGAACAAGUUCAUUAAUUAUUGGUGGUGUGUGAGUGCGUGACAGCAAAGCAACGGGAAGCUCGACAAGAGAUAGGCUAAGAUAGUGUGUGAUAACAGUGAUUUGAAAAAACAUAAUUUGAACGUGUCGCAUAUCAAUUCACGCAUAAAUUAGUACUGAUUUCACUCUUUUGAGGGUAGGGUGAGAUCCGCCAGCAAAGAUGUCUCUCAAUAUUUGGCUCAGAUAAUACUACAAUCAUCGUAAGAUACAUCAGACAGCUCUGCACAUAACUAGUACUGCAACCUCACUAGCCAAGACGCAAUGACACUGGCAAGGAAUCAAACAGGGGAAAAUGGAAAACCAUUCAAGACCGAAUACUUUACGACACAAUCGUCACCGAAAUGUGGCGUUGAUACGCCCGCGGGUGUAAACAGCCUGAGUAUCGUAACCGGCACGACAGACAGCACCAGAGGCAGUCUCUCCAAUAUCUCGGCGUCAUCCAUCAAACGAACAGACAACCCUUGCGAUGACGAUUCGAGUGCCUUCGAUAGCAGUAGCGAUACGGAGUGUGAUGAUGAUUCGAUCAAGCGCGCCAUUGACCGCAUCCCGGGUACGCUGGUACCCGGGGAGGCAUGCGUUCUUCCGAACGGGAACCUGAAAGUUGGUGCCGAAGCGAUCAGUCCCGCGAUCAGACCCAACCCGGGGGCCUCCAGUAUAGGUGCGAUCGCGGUACACAAUUCUUCAGACAUCACUUUUGGCAACAAGACGUACAUCAAAGGGCAGGUUGUGAUAAAGAACAUCUACCAGGAUCGUAAAAAUGGGAACACCAACCAGGGAUAUCGUGAGCAUGAAAAUGAUACUAACGAUUCUUCUAAAAAAGUACCUUCAGCAUCUAUACCUCCAGAGCCACGAACCUGGCAAACUAGUCUUAAGACAAUCAUCAAGGACAAACCCUUGCUCAGCUUUAUCGUCAUGAUAUCGCUCAUGAUUGUGCUGUGUGCCAUCGUAGCGGUCAUAUCCAUCCUCACCGCGUCAGGUAAAGCUAGAUUAAGGCCCCCCGUUGGCGAUGGCGAUGACAAUCGUCCCAAUAUCCCACAGGACAAGGACAUAGAAGACGACCUGUUCCCGGAUCCGAAACCACUGCGGCUGGUUACGAGAACCGAGUGGUUGGCUCAACCAUCGCGGGGCGAAUUGGCCGAUCUGAAAUUGCCGGCGAAUCUCGUCAUCAUUGCGCACACUGCCACCGAAGGGUGCACUACUCAGCAAGCAUGCAUAGCACUAGUGCAAUCAAUUCAAAGGUAUCACAUAAACCAAACGAAUUAUGGUGAUAUUGGAUACAAUUUUUUGAUCGGUGGCGACGCAUUCGUCUACGAAGGCCGAGGCUGGCUCAAAGUGGGUGCCCACACCAAAAAUUACAACACCAUCAGCCAAGGGAUUGCCUUCAUCGGUAAUUACGAAACCGUUGAUCGGCCAACUGAACAACAAAUGGAACAGUUAGAGCUACUGCUUCACAACGGUACCGAGGGUGGUUGGCUUGCCCAGGACUACAAGCUGCAUGGAGCAAGCCAGUUAAAAACCACCAUAAGCCCGGGAAAACUGCUCAUGGAAAAACUGCGUCUGCUGCUACAUUUUAGUGAAAAUGUGUAAAAUUGGAAACGCAUUCACCAGAGCAGACGGAAAUAGGAACGGGAUCGUGAAAGACUGAUCAAGGGUCUGCAAUGUAAAACAAAUCAGGGACGUUCAUGCAGAAAAGAGUGCGAUAAAUAUGUUGAGCAAUCUUUUGUAAAGCAACAUGUUUUUAUCAUUUAUUAGCUGGUGCUACAAUUUGAAAAACCCAUCAAUUUUCCUAGUUAAGAGAUCGUACAUGAUCGUGGAUUUGAAAAAUGUUUACUUCAGCUUCGGAUGUGUUUAAGCUUUCAAUAUGUUUUUACGACAGUACGAGAAUAUUAGAUAAGAAAUGAACAAGAGCAAGAUGUAAUAAAACUCUUCCAUCACAAAGACGACUCAUAAAGCGCA